AUGGCCGAAACAAACAACCAAGAGCUUACCUUCACCAGCAGCGAUGGCAAGAACAUGAAAGUCCCCCGCGACGUCGCCGAGCGCUCCCUUCUCAUUAAGAACAUGCUUGAGGAUUUGGGUGAUGCCACCGAAGCUAUCCCCAUCCCCAACGUCUCCGAGAACGUUCUGACCAAGGUCCUUGAAUGGUGCACGCACCACCGUAAUGACCCCCCUACCACUGGUGACGAGGACGACUCUCGCCGCAAGACCACCGACAUUGAGGAGUGGGACCAGAAGUUCAUGCAGGUCGACCAGGAGAUGCUCUUUGAGAUCAUUUUGGCCGCCAACUACCUUGACAUCAAGCCCCUCCUUGACAUCGGCUGCAAGACCGUCGCCAACAUGAUUAAGGGCAAGUCUCCCGAGGAGAUUCGCAAGACCUUUAACAUCCAGAACGACUUUACCCCCGAGGAGGAGGACUAA